GUGGUUCCGGAGCCCCUUGCCAAGCUCGACCCCAAGAUCAUCGACAACGUCUUCAACGAGGUGUUGGACCGCUCCGCCGCCAUCGGGUGGGGGGAUAUCGCGGGGCAGGAGGCGGCCAAGAGGCUGGUGCAGGAGAUGGUGGUCUGGCCCAUGAUGAACCCGCAGCUGUUCAGGGGCGCUCGGGCCCCCCCUCGGGGGUUGCUGCUGUUCGGCCCACCUGGCACGGGCAAGACCCUGAUUGGCAAGGCCGUUGCCGCCAACAUCUCCGCCACCUUCUUCUCCAUCUCCGCCUCCUCACUCACCAGCAAGUGGAUCGGCGAGGGGGAGAAGAUGGUCCGAGCUCUGUUCGCCCUGGCGGGGUGUCUGCAGCCCUCAGUAAUAUUCAUUGACGAAAUAGACUCGCUGCUAUCGGCUAGGAAGGCAGAGGGCGAGCACGAGGCCAGUCGGCGUCUGAAGACGGAAAUGUUGGUUCAGAUGGACGGGUGCGACCCUGGCAGCGGGGAGCGGAGGGUGCUGGUCAUUGGAGCCACCAAUCGGCCCGAAGAGCUGGAUGAAGCCGCGAGGAGGCGGAUGCCCAAGCAGCUGUACAUCCCGCUGCCCUGUGCCGCGGCCCGGCACCAGAUGUUGAUGAAUGCGUUCAGGCAGGGCUCUGAGGUAUCCACCAGCCUCAGUGAGGCUGACCUGGCCAAGAUUGUGGAUCGUACGGCAGGCUACAGUGGCAGCGACAUGAAGAACCUGAUCCAAGAGGCGUGUCAGGGCCCCGUCCGGGAUUUGUUUCGGAGCCGAGGUAACGUCACCAACGUCACUCCAGGGGACCUGCGACCCGUACAACUGAGGGACUUCCAGAUGGCUAGCAAGGCGCAGAAGCGCACCGUGUCCGACGCGGAAGUCGAGCGGUACGAGAAGUACGACAGCCAGUUCGGCGCCAAGUAUGUGGACGAGCAGGGGGCUGGGGGCCCGGGGUGCGGUGGGGGAGGUGGGGGCCCCGCGGGUGGUGAGGAUGACGCAGCGGAUGACGGUUGGUAG